AUGGUGUCUACACGUAGUCACACGACCUCUAGCUCUCCUUCACCGGCUGCUGAUCGUGCACUGAAGCGAGGGGCUGUCAGUGACGCGUCCAAACGUCCUAAUAAAAAGAUGACGACGACGAAAGAGACGUCUGACAGUGCUACUUCUGACGUGGCGGUCGUGGGCGCGUGUGUGACGAAAGAAGUAACGCUAAGAGAUCACGAGGAGAAAGAAGUGGCGUUUGUGGAGACGUUUCGCGAUCGUGGGGUGGUCUUUUUUAUGUUCCCACGAGCCAAUACGCCUGGGUGUACCACACAAGCUUGCGGCUUUCGAGACAAUGUCAAGGCGAUAACCGACGCAGGGUUUACAGUCUAUGGACUGAGUCGUGACUCGCCCACGGUUUUGAACAAGUGGAAGACGAAACAAGAGCUUCCGUUCGACCUCCUGAGCGACCCCGACAUGGAGCUCAUUUCGUACUUCGGCAGCUCCGUUGGGGGCACGAAGGUGCAGCGCUCGCACGUUGUCAUACUUCAAGGCGGCAUCGUGGGCGAUAUUGCUGCCAAGGUCUCUCCUGCGGACAGUGUUAGCCGUGCUGUUAAGUUUGUUACGGAGCAUAGGGUAGGAGCUGCUAAGAAGGAGGAACCAGCUGCGGAAGAGAAACCAGCAAAGGAGGAGGAACCAGCUAAGGAGGAGGAACCAGCUGAGGAAAAGGAAUCGGUAAAGGAGAAGGAAAUGGCUGAAAAGGAGGAGGAAAUGGCCAAAAAGGAGGAGGAAAUGGCCGAGGAAAAGGAAUCAGCUAAGGAUGAGGAAUCAGCCAAGGAUGAGGAAUCAGCUAAGGAUGAGGAAUCAGCUAAGGAAGAGGAACCGGCUAAGGAAGAAGAGCAAGCUUUGGAGAAGGAAUCGGAUAAGGAUGAGGAACCGGCUAAGGAAGAAGAACCAGCUAUGGAGAAGGAAUCGGACAAGGACGAGGAACCGACGAAGGAAGGGGAACCAGCUAAGAAAGAGGAACCGGCUAAGUUAGAGGAGCCAAGAACGGGUGAUAAAGCAGCUGAGGACGAGAAGCUGGCGAACACGGACAAGCUUGUUGAGGGUAACACUGUUGCGUGUGACGUGGAGCUGCAGACGGACGCAUCUGCGACGGUGAAGGUGCAGGACCUUUUUAAGACCCGUGGCGCUAUCUUUUUCAUGUACCCGAAAGCAGACACGCCAGGCUGCACAAUCCAGGCUUGCGGCUACAACGACAACCUAGAGACGAUAAGAGCUGCUGGUUAUGAUGUUUACGGACUGGGCGCCGACUCUACUGCCGAGCUUUCGGCAUGGAAGGAGUCGCAGAAGUACAAGUAUACGUUCUUAUCGGACCCGCAGCACCGAUUGAUCGGCUACUUUGGCAGCUCUAUCAACGACGGGACGCGGGUAGAGCGCUCGCACGCGAUUGUGCUGCCUGGUGGCAAGGUGGGCCAGAUUGAGCACAACAUCUCGCCGCAAGACAGCGUGCUGAAGGGUCUGGCAUUUGUGAAGAGCCACACAAUCGACAUGACUGGCAAGCUGUAA